CUUCUUAAAACCUAAUCGCUCUACCAAACGCAGUGUUUCUCUCACCCACUCUCUCCGCUUCUCUCUCCUAAACCCUAACCUAUCCAUUCCCGUUUCUGGUAAAGCUCUGAGCUUCAGUUUUAGGAGUAAAUGGCAUCAGUUUUUGCUGCCAUGUCCUCUGUCGGCUCCUUGGCUGCUCCCAGCAGCCCUGCCUUAGAUAAAAAGCUUGCAAUUUCUUCAGAGAAGUUAUCUUCUGGUACUUCCCUAUCUUUGAGAUCAUUUGGUAGGGGACGAAAUGUAGUCCUACAAAGAAGACGUUCUCUCAAGAUUUGCGCAGCGAAGGAGUUGUAUUUCAACACGGAUGGUUCUGCAAUGAAGAAGCUACAGACUGGUGUGAACAAGCUUGCUGAUCUUGUUGGGGUUACUCUUGGUCCAAAGGGAAGGAAUGUGGUUCUCGAGAGCAAGUAUGGUCCUCCAAAAAUUGUUAAUGAUGGAGUGACUGUGACCAAAGAGGUUGAGUUGGAGGACGCAGUAGAGAAUUGUGGUGCUAAAUUGGUUAGACAAGCAGCUGCCAAGACCAAUGACUUAGCUGGGGAUGGGACAACUACAUCUGUUGUUCUUGCGCAAGGUCUCAUCUCUGAAGGUGUCAAGGUGGUAGCAGCUGGUGCAAACCCUGUUCUGAUUACCAGAGGCAUUGAGAAGACAACGAAAGGUUUAGUGGCUGAGCUAAAGUUGAUGUCGAAAGAGGUUGAAGACAGUGAAUUAGCGGAUGUAGCUGCUGUUAGUGCUGGAAACAACUAUGAAGUAGGGAAUAUGAUAGCUGAAGCCAUGAGUAAAGUUGGUCGUAAGGGUGUGGUAACUCUUGAAGAGGGAAAAAGUGCUGAAAACAGUCUUUACAUUGUUGAAGGAAUGCAAUUUGAUCGUGGUUAUAUCUCGCCCUACUUUGUUACCGAUAGUGAGAAAAUGGCAGUUGAAUAUGAGAACUGCAAGUUGCUGCUGGUUGACAAGAAAAUAACAAAUGCAAGGGAUCUUGUUAACGUCUUGGAAGAUGCCAUUAGAGGUGGAUACCCAAUUUUAAUAAUUGCAGAAGAUAUUGAACAGGAAGCCUUAGCAACUCUUGUUGUGAACAAGCUUAGAGGGGCUUUGAAGAUUGCUGCUCUCAAAGCUCCUGGAUUUGGAGAAAGAAAGAGCCAGUACCUCGAUGACAUUGCGAUCCUCACUGGAGGAACUGUUAUCAGAGAUGAGGUAGGGCUCUCUUUAGACAAAGCUGACAAGGAAGUCCUGGGCCAUGCUGCCAAGGUGGUUCUCACCAAGGAUGCGACCACAAUUGUUGGUGAUGGAAGCACUCAGGAAGCUGUAAAUAAACGUGUUGCACAGAUUAAAAACCUUGUAGAGGCUGCAGAGCAGGAAUACGAGAAAGAGAAACUUAGUGAAAGAAUUGCAAAACUGUCAGGAGGAGUCGCUGUCAUUCAGGUUGGUGCACAAACGGAGACAGAACUAAAAGAAAAGAAACUAAGAGUUGAGGAUGCCCUUAAUGCAACAAAGGCUGCUGUUGAGGAAGGUAUUGUUGUUGGUGGAGGAUGUGCUCUCCUGAGGCUAGCAUCAAAAGUUGAUUCCAUCAAGAACAGCCUUGAUAAUGAUGAAGAAAAGGUUGGAGCCGAUAUAGUCAAGAGAGCUUUAAGUUAUCCUCUGAAGUUAAUUGCCAAAAAUGCUGGUGUUAAUGGAAGUGUCGUCUGCGAGAAGGUGCUAUCCAGUGAGAAUCCAAAAUUUGGAUACAACGCUGCAACUGGAAAAUAUGAAGAUUUAAUGGCUUCUGGAAUUAUUGAUCCAACCAAGGUGGUCAGAUGUUGCUUGGAGCACGCAUCAUCCGUCGCAAAGACAUUCUUGAUGUCAGACUGCGUAGUUGUUGAAAUCAAGGAGCCUGAGCCAGUGGUUGCUGGGAACCCAAUGGACAACUCAGGAUAUGGCUACUAAAGAAGGUGGUGACAGGAGAAAGUCCAAAUGAUCUGACCUUGAUGAUGAUGAUUUGUAUCUGAAACUGGAUUUUGGAAUGAUUCAAUUCCAAUUGGAUUCAGCAGUCUUUUGAAGCCAAUGAUUAUGUCACCUUACUGUGAUCCUUCUUGCUUCCGAAGAAAUUGUCUUGGCACAUCCUUCAGUGUAGGCUUUGUGACUUUUACAAGUUCUCCGGGUUUUUUAUAGUUAGGGUUUUGUUUUUGUUUACCGGGAGCUUUUGAAGGUAAUUAGUGGUACUUGAUGAUGAUAACAUGAACUGGAAUUAGGUCACCAUAUGAUAGGUUUUCAGCAUGAGCAAUGAUAUAUGUGAGGGGUGUGUGGACCCACCACAUGAUGUCCGGGUGAUGUUAUGUGACCACUUGGAGGAUGCAUCAUCUUUUAGCAUUAAAACUUGUGUAUCUAUGAGAGAAAAUGUGCCCGUUUUGUAAUAAUUCUUGUUCGAAUCGUCUCAAUAUGAUGGUGUAUUAGUUAUUUUUUAAAGAUUCUUAAACUA